AUGGAUAAAUCGCAAGCGAACAAUGACAAUUCGGACUCUCAACAACAACCGAAUUCUGAACAGGCUCCAGAACCUAAUCCUCCACCGCAAAGCCAACCACCACAAACGCACUUACCUCCGUCCACCCCAUCCAAACCGCCACGUUCACAACGACAUCGAUCUCAUGAACACAUUAAAACCGACAGGCUUUACACGCCGCAACUUAAGUUUACAAACUUUUCCGCGCAAGCACCGAUAGUAACAAAAUAUGUAACCUCAAGAUUCCUGAGACAUGAUGUUUCAUACUUUAAGAGGGAGGCAGAGCAAGAAGGUUCAAAGGUUAUAGUCAUCCAUCCUGGAUCAAGAUAUCUCAGAAUUGGACACGCUUACGAGGCUUUUCCCUAUGUAGUACCGCAUGUGAUUGCACGAAAAAUAAAAGUCGAGAGUCAAGACGAAAAGGACAAAAUGAGUAUCGAUAUCAAUAAAGAGGAGAAUGAAAGAGACGAUGAGGAUGCGAAAGAAUCGCACGCGAAGGAAAAUGAUGAGUCGAUGAAUGAGGAUGUUGAUCCUAAGUCGGAAUCUCCAGGGAAUUGGUCGGGUUCUGCGGGAUCCUCUGGUGCAGCCGAAGAAAUAGAAGAAGAAGAUGAGGAACAAUUUAAAAACGUGGUGAAUGAAAUAAAGAAGGAGUUAAAGGACAGAAUGAAAAAUUCAAAACGUCGACCGGUAGCCAAUGCGCAAACACAGGUUUUCUCCUUUAACAAGGCAUCUCAUCCAGAAACGAUUGCGGAUCAUAAUGACCCUUACAAGGUUGACUGGACGGUGAUCGAUGAAGAUGCCGAGUACUAUGUUGGAGAAAAGGCACUUCGACUUUCUGAUCCAGAAAAUACUUUUAAAUUAUUCUAUCCAAUACAACACGGUGAAUUUAAUAGCAGGGAUUACAAUUCCAUAAAAGCAGUUGUCGGAGAUUUAGAGACCAUUUGGACCGAGACUAUCCGAGAAAAACUUGGAAUAUCACCAAAAAAAUUUUAA